AUGCACAUUUCCAAACCCACAAGCGGGCUUCUCACCCAUUUUACACGUCCCGCUGUUUACAAAAGGACAUAUCUCGCUAGCCUUAGCAGCCGUUCUACAUCCACCUCAACCGAUCGUAAGGAAGGCGAUAUCCCCUCCGUCUUUGUCUCGCUGUCCGGCGAUCAAAAAGCCCCACCACUUCCCGAACGUUUCGCAGAUCAAAAAAAGCGACUGAUCGCGGGUCAUGAAGACCAAUUGAAAAGAAGCUGGGAUCGUCUACUUUGCAAGCUGAGAGACGAAAUUGGAGCUAUUGUGGAGCGUGGAUUCGGUAUCAUUCCAAGUAUCGAUUUCAAAGAUCUACAUGUCGCACCAAAGUAUUUCCACGAUGAGCUCAAGAAACGAGGUGUUGCUGUUAUUCGCGGCGUGAUUUCAGAGACCGAGGCACGAGGCUACAAAGAUGAGAUCGAAGCCUACGUGCAAGCUAACCCUGACACGAAAGGGUUGUGA